AUGUCUGUUAAAACAAUCGAAUUUUAUUUUAAUAACACACAAAAUUCUUCUGAAAGCGUUAAUAAUCAGAACCAAACUAAUAACAAAUUAAAAAAUAGACAAAAAAAAAAUCACACACCUAUUCACAAUUACCUUAAGACACUUGAAGAUGGCACUCGUAUUUGUAAAGUCUGUGAUAAAGAUAAAGGUGUUGUAGAAAAUGCUGUUAAGCAAUGCAACGUAUGUGUUACACAAUGUGCAACAAAACAAAUGCCUGCUAUGAAGCCUAUUAUUGCUAAAAAAUUUCUUGCUUAUAUUCAAAUCAAUACGAUAAAUAUAACAGCAAUACCUGAUAAUAAGUUUAAAUAUAUUAUAUAUAUUAGAGACCACUUUACUAGAUACUCAGUUGCAAAACUUGCAACAUCAAAAUCUGCAAAAGAAGCAGCUAGUUUUCUUUUAAAAUUCUGUUUAAUAUUUGGGCCACCAUUAAUUCUACAUUUGGAUAAUGGUGGUGAAUUUGUUGGUAAU